CGUUAUGUGUCAACCCAGAUUAGGUCAUGCAGUCAACACAGGCGAUGGACGUGUUUCACUGGACCACCAGGAUGCGUUGUUCGUGACCGGCAGUGCGGGAGAGGACUCGCCGAUCAUAGUCGGCGUGUAUGAUGUCGGCAGACUGGAAUACCGCGCCAUCCGAGAACUUAAGGUGGCCUGCAAUGCAAACACGAGGUUUUACGAAGCAGACAACAGAUCAGUGGUCAUGGAAAUUUACGUUAAGUUUUACUUGUUUGACCUUGAAAAAAUGGACGUCAGCAUCGUGUUUCUGGGUCGAAGUGAAGAGUAA